AUGGCGACAAAACAACUUAUAGUAUCACCAGUUACUGUGUCAGCCAAGAGCUUAGCCUCGCUCAGAGUUUCGAGUGCCAAGUUUGGAACUUUGAAACCAGGCACCCUUAAGCAGAGCCAGUUCCGUUCUUUGGUUGUCAAAGCUGCUUCUGUCGUUGCUCCUAAGUACACUUCAAUUAAGCCAUUGGGAGAUAGAAUUUUAGUGAAGAUCAAGGAGGCAGAGGAGAAGACAAUGGGAGGUAUCUUACUUCCAUCUACAGACUGGAGCACAAAUCAUUUACUGCACAGGUACGCUGGAACUGAGGUGGAGUUCAACGAUGUGAAACAUCUCAUUCUUAAGGAAGAUGAUAUUGGCCUUUCUUAG